UGCUGGGAGUUGUAGUUUGGGCUUGAGCAACUAUGGAGAGCACCAUGGCUAACAGCUCCGUGCUGGGCGAGAUUGGGUUUUGGGUGGACAGGACGCCGGUUCACGAAGCGGCCAGGAGAGGGGAGACCCUCCAGCUGCAGGAGCUCAUUGCCAACGGCGCCUGCGUCAAUUUGGUCACGUACGAUUCCAUCACGCCGCUGCACGAAGCCAGCCUGCGACAGACCCAAUGCGUGCAAAUGCUCCUUGCUGCGGGAGCCCAGGUGGACGCCCGGAACAUAGACGGCAGCACCCCUCUGUGCGAUGCCUGCGCCUCUGGGAGCAUCGACUGCGUGAAAGUGUUGCUCUCGCACGGGGCCAAAGUCAACCCUCCGCUCUACACGGCCUCCCCGCUCCACGAGGCCUGCAUGAAUGGCAGCGCUGAGUGUGUGCGCCUCCUUAUCGAUGUCGGUGCCAACCUGGAAGCUCACGAUUGUCACUUUGGGACCCCUUUGCACGUGGCAUGCGCUCGAGAGCAUCUGGACUGCGUGAAGAUACUGCUCAACGCAGGGGCCAACGUCAACGCAGCCAAGCUCCACGAGACGGCCCUCCACCACGCGGGCCAAGGUGAAGAACGCCGAUCUGGUGGAGCUGCUGGUGGAGUUCGGGGGGAACGUUUACGCCAGGGACAACCGGGGAAGAAGCCUUCCGACUACACCUGGAGGAGCAGCCCGGCCGCCAAGUGCUUUGAGCAUUUCGAAAAAACGCCUCUGAGCUUGUCCCAGCUCUGCCGACUCAGCCUGAGACGUGCCGUCGGCCAGCCAGCCUUGGAGAAGAUCGCCCAGCUCCACAUCCCUGCCAGAUUGAUCAGAUUCCUCUCCUACCAGUGAUGAACGGCGCAGAGGAGCCGCUCGAGGACGGCGCAGAGUCAGUCUCGCGCUAGGAAGCUCCGGCGGCCCUGCUAAUCUCAGACAAAGAAACGAAAGAAAACGGCUUUAACGGGUGUAAAUACUAUUUAUGAGACUUCCGUAGUUUAAAGGCUGACGCGUCGUCAGGCUGUUCCCCUAACAAUGGUUUGUUUUGAGUCGCUUCUUUUUUCUGAGCACGCAAGAUAUUUUGCACAGCCGCCCGUCGUCCCUGCAACAAAUCUGCCCGGCGUUAUUAUCACAACGCUCCAACUGCGGCUGCGAGCGGAGAGGCUGCCGUCUCCCUGCGUCGCAAUGGGUGCGAACUUUGAAGCAGUGACUCUAGAGUUCAUUUUCGUAGGUCAGAAACCGGGAUCGUUGGGACCCUCCGGACAUUGAUGGACUCUCACAUCCCAGCGUCAAGGAUGCUGAGGGUGGCAUUUUCCUUCCAAAGUGACCCCGAAUGCUGUCCCUAGGGAAGGCGCUCCUGGCACCAUCCUAACAUAUCUUUUAGGUGCCUCCCCCCCCCGCCCCGCCGGGCUUUUUCGUUCUUAAUUAUC